UAUCUUUAUUUUUAAUUUUUUUAACUUUUUGAUUAAAAUCUCUUCAUUCCCUCUUUGAAUUUAGGUAACAUAAUCCAUGGAUCAAGUGGGCAAGAUGUGGAACAACUUCAAAUACAGAUGCCAGAAUCUCUUCAAUCAUGAAGGUGGAAACCGAAAUGAAAACAUAGAUGUAGACUCCACUCAAUGUUCAUCUGUUAAAGACAGAAGUAUCCAUGUACCCGAUUUGGCUCCACAGCAACCAAGCAGCCCUUUAAGAGAGAACAUUGCCUUACAACUGGGUUUAAGUCCUUCAAAGAAUUCAGUGAGGAGAAAUCAGAAUUGUGUCACUGACAUCCCUCAGAUUGUCGAAAUAAGCAUUGAGAAAGAUAAUGACUCGUGUGUUGCCACAGGAACGAGACUUGCACAAAGGGAUUCCUACUCUCGGCAUGCUCCUUGGGGUGGGAAGAAGAAACAUUCCUGUUCUACUAAAACCCAAAGCUCCUUGGAGAAUGAUAAAAGAUUUGGUCGAACACGAAGCGGCUUGCAAAGGCGGGAGCGAAGAUACGGUGUGAGCUCUGUUCAUGAUAUGGACAGCGUAUCAAACAGGACUGUAGGCAGCCGUACUCUGCGACAGCGGCUUCAGGAUACCGUUGGGUUAUGUUUUCCCAUGAGAACUUAUAGCAAACAGUCCAAACCUCUCUUUUCUAAUAAAAGAAAGAUUCAUCUCUCUGAAUUAAUGCUUGAGAAAUGUCCUUUCCCUGCUGGAUCUGAUCUUGCCCAAAAGUGGCAUCUGAUUAAGCAACAUACAGCUCCUGUGAGCCCUCAUUCAACUUUUUUUGAUACAUUUGAUCCUUCCUUGAUUUCUGCAGAAGAUGAAGAAGACCGACUUAGAGAGAGACGUAGGCUUAGUAUUGAAGAAGGGGUUGACCCCCCUCCUAAUGCCCAAAUACAUACUUUUGAAGCUACAGCACAGGUUAAUCCAUUAUAUAAACUGGGACCAAAGUUAGCCCCGGGUAUGACUGAGCUGACUGGGGACAAUAGUGCAACACUACAGGGAAACUGUGAUUCUGAAGAGGACACAACAACCCUCUGCUUGCAGUCACGCAGGCAAAAGCAACGUCAGGUGUCUGGAGAGAGCCAUGGCCAUAGCAGCAGACAAGGGGCUUGGAAAGUACAUACUCAGAUUGAUUACAUACACUGCCUUGUGCCAGACUUACUUCAAAUAACAGGUAACCCAUGUUAUUGGGGUGUGAUGGACCGUUAUGAGGCAGAGGCACUUCUGGAAGGCAAACCUGAAGGCACUUUUUUGCUCAGGGAUUCUGCACAAGAGGACUACCUCUUCUCUGUGAGCUUCCGUCGUUACAACAGAUCCCUCCAUGCACGUAUUGAGCAAUGGAAUCACAAUUUUAGUUUUGAUGCUCAUGAUCCCUGUGUAUUUCACUCCUCCACUGUUACAGGACUUCUAGAACACUAUAAAGACCCUAGCUCUUGCAUGUUUUUUGAACCAUUACUUACUGUAUCUCUGAACAGGACUUUUCCUUUUAGUCUGCAGUAUAUCUGCCGGGCAGUAAUCUGCAGGUGCACUACGUAUGAUGGAAUUGAUGGCCUCCCUUUACCAUCAAUGUUGCAAGACUUUCUAAAGGAAUAUCACUAUAAACAAAAAGUCAGGGUGCGAUGGUUGGAACGGGAACCUAUUAAGACAAAGUAAACAGAAUCUAGAGUCCCCAGUAGGCUU